ACCGAAACCAACAAACAUAAACAUGGCCGCAAGCUUGCUUCAAUUUGAUCCUCCAAGCUCUGGAAGCUCUGACUGUGAUGCAUGUGAACGAGACGUGGAAGACCAGGUGUUUGUCCAGGGAUGUCUGGAAGAUGAGGAGGAGCGCAGUGGUGACUUCUAUAUUGCGUCUACCUCUCCCCCUCCCCCACCACAGUCCCCACGCCCACCCUCCGCUGGUCCUUUUCCAGGUUGUGCAAGCCCAAUACCUAAAGGGUCGUGCAAGUCUCCUCGGUCCCGUAGACAACGCACCACAUCCAUGUCUCAGAGCAAGAAGACGUCAUCGGAGUCGGUCAUCAGGGGCCUGACUCGGACCAUCUACACGGCCGGGCGACCCCCUUGGUACAACAGCGCUGGACAACAAGUGGAACCAUUUGUUAUAGGUAUCUGUGGCGGAAGUGCGUCUGGGAAGACUACAGUAGCCACUGAGAUCAUAGAGAGCCUCAACGUACCCUGGGUCACUCUCCUCAGCAUGGACUCAUUCUACAAGGUGCUGAACGAAGAGCAGCAUAAGUUGGCAGCCAAGAACGAAUACAACUUUGACCACCCAGAUUCAUUUGACUUUGAACUACUGAUACCCACACUGCAGAGGCUAAAGAAAGGCAAGAAAGUGGAUGUUCCCAUCUACAACUUUGUUACCCACCGUAGAGAGUCCAGGACGAAAACCAUGUAUGGUGCCAAUGUCAUAAUCUUUGAAGGAAUUUUGGCAUUCUACAACAGUGAAGUAUUGAAGUUGCUGGACAUGAAGAUAUUUGUAGACACAGACGCAGACAUCAGACUAGCGAGGAGACUCAAGCGAGAUAUCUGUGAGCGAGGCAGAGAUCUGGACGGAGUUCUCAAACAGUACUCCAAUAUGGUCAAGCCUGCCUUCUACCACUACAUCGCUCCAUCCAUGGUACAUGCAGACAUCAUUGUACCUCGAGGUGGAGACAAUGCAGUGGCUAUUGAACUCAUCGUACAUCACGUCCACACUCAGUUGACUCUGAGAGGCUUCAAGCUGAGAGAAGAGUUAGCCCAAUGCAACACCGGCCAACCUCUGCCCAGCUCCAUGUACUUACUGCCUGACACUCCUCAGAUCAAGGGACUACACACGUUUAUCCGCAACAAGGAGACUCCGCGUGACGAGUUCAUCUUCUACAGCAAACGGCUGAUCAGGCUUGUCAUAGAGUAUGCACUCUCACUGCUCCCGUUCAAGGAGAUGAUGGUGGAGACGCCCCAGGGAGUAUUGUACCAAGGGAAGCGCUGUGCCAGUGACAGGAUCUGUGGAGUCAGUAUCCUGAGGGCUGGAGAAACCAUGGAGCAGGCUGUCAGGGACGUCUGCAAGGAUAUCAGAAUAGGAAAGAUACUGAUACAGACGAACCAACAGACUGGAGAGCCUGAGCUUUACUAUCUGCGCCUCCCUAAGGACAUCAAGGACUACUUUGUGAUCCUGAUGGAUGCGACGGUGGCGACAGGCGCGGCAGCCAUGAUGGCAAUCCGUGUCCUUCUUGACCACGAGGUGCCUGAAGAGAACAUUCUCAUUGUCUCCUUGCUAAUGGCUGAGUCAGGUGUACACACGAUUGCUUAUGCUUUCCCACAAGUGAAAAUCGUAACAUCAGCUGUGGACCCGGACAUUAACGAGAAGUUCUAUGUUAUCCCAGGCAUCGGAAACUUCGGAGAUCGCUAUUUUGGUACUGAGCCUUCCGGGCAGGUUUGAGACCUAGUCGUAAGAUAGAUAAUUGAAUAACAUUACAUUAGUGACAAGAGAAAUCAGUUACCCCAAUGUGACUGUACUCUGGUAAUCUUGUUGAACAGUUGUUGACAAAGCAAUGCCUUUUGACAAAACGUAAAUAGUCUUAUUCAGGCUAAAUUUCUUCUCUAGAAAAAGAAUUUACGUCACAGAUUUUCUCUAUUUUAUCUAUAUCACUGGAAAAGUGAUGUGUAUUUGUGUAGGAAAAUGUUGUCUAACGUAAAAGUAUGUUUUUUUUUUGUUUCAAACUUUAUUUUACAGAAAAAAAAUAUUCCACAAAACAGUUGGAAACAGGGUGUUUUUCCAAAACAUAAUUUUCCAAAACAAGAAAGAUUGUUAUGAGGAAUCCAAAGAUGUUUUUUAACUAUUUUUUUUACCAUUAUACACAUUAUACAAGUUUUAUUUUGAAAGUGUGAUAUGUUUUAUCAAGGUACAAAGUCACAAACUAUUUUUCUUCAAGCUUUUUCCAGUUCAUAUUGAGUUGAUUUUUUUAAAAUAUAAGGUCAUCACUUUUACGUCUGCAUUUAUUGAGUUUUUGAUUAUUGCCAAAAUUUGUUACCACAGAAAAUAUUCCAGGGCUAAUUUAUCGAGAGUAACUUUUUAUACUGCAAGAAGUUAAUCUUUUUAAUCUGUAAUAUUUGAGUGUACAAACAUUUCAAUCCUUUUAGAUUACUUGAGAUUUAUUUAUUAGUUUGGCUCAUUCCCUUUUUGAGAUUAAUUGAUCAAUUUUUUAUACAUUGCUUCAGUUUAAAUACUUAUCCCUUGAUCUACGUGGCUUUUAGGUAGUAAAAACUAAAAAACAAUACCUAAACAAACCUUAAUUACUGGCCAAAAUAUCUAUGUCCUUGUAGGUUGAUUUUACCCUUUUUAAACUUACUUUUACCCUUUUUGACUGACAUAAUACAUAUUUAAUUUUUUCAUAGUUACUAUGCUUUAUAUUCAACUAAUUGUUUAACCAUCUAUUUGUCAGAAAUGUUAUACUUGUAGGAAUUUUACACUAGAUGUGCAAUUUUUAGUUCUUAACAUCAAGCCAAAGUUAGCUUGGUAUGGUUUUAUUUAUUUUAUAAGUUUUUCCUUUUCCUUAUAUUAUUCAUCAGUAUUCCAAAGCUAAGAGCUUAUUCGGUUUUAAGCAUAUUUAUUUCCUACUUGUUUUUAGUUUAGGAUUACUAUAUUACAAUAUUUAAGGAAGAAACUUAUGCUACUUAAAUAACUUUAGAAAUGAAAAUAACUAAGUUUGAUUUUUUAUGAUAUAACUUUUUAUACGAUGACCAAGUUUGUUAUGUUAUUCUACUCCUAAAAAAAUUCGAGGGAUGAAGUAAAUGAAAUACAUUUACAAAAAAAAAAUUUAAUUAUAAUCAAAUGGUUGUAAUAAAUACAUAUUUAGACAUAAUAUGGGUACUUUGUUGGAAAGGCCAGUACAAAUUGACACUUCUUUGUUAUUUUAAUUAUUUUAAGUCAUUUGAAAAAUAUUAUUGUUACUCAUUUGUGAUCAUUGAGCAGAUGUUACUAUCUAGAUCUACAUUCUCUUAAAAUAUCUCUUUGUAUCGGUGCUUUUAGUUUCAACACUUAUAAACUUGUGAUAUUUUCUGUUUUAUCACUUAAGUCAUUAGUUUUAAGCCAGAGACAUAAUAUUUAAAGUAAAAUAUGUUGUUUUCAUAGAUCAUUCAUUAGAAGUGUUAUAUGGAUUUACAGUUGACUCUCAAUAUUGGACCUGAAUAAUAUAUACCUAAAGCCUAUUUUUAUCUCCUACUGUCACAUUUUAGGACACUAGGCUAGCCUGGAACCACUUUUACAUUGCUUCAGGCUAGGCCUAGAGGGUCAUGACAUCAACAUUUUGAUCAAGUCCUUUCGUGAUUGGCAGAAUUUAAACCCAGGACCUCUGGGACAGAAGUCUCACACUCUACCAUUAAACCAGCUCGCUCCCCAAUAACAAUCUUAAGCCUAUGCCUAUUGCAGCUAUAUCCUAACUGUAAUUCCUAAUUUAAAUGCUAGAAAAGUGAGGUACUUGAUUGAAUUUACUAUGGAUUCGCUGUAGAUUUUACCCCAUGAAAAGAUGCAAUUCUUCUGUCACAACACAAGCCUACUUCCUGUAUUCAAUGGGUAUCAUCCAAUGACUCCAUCAUCAAUCAUGUAGUCAGGUUGAGGUUACUGAGUUUGUCGGACCAUCAAGUGUCGGAUUAUUGAGAGUCAACUGUCAUACAUCAACAAGCAUACAUAUUAGUAAUGAAUUUGUGUCAAUUAAUGUUAUUUGAUUUAUGACAUUUGAAUGCAAUUCAAGUUUUUUUAGUUGUCUACUAAUACUUUCAAACAGUGGUUUGCGGGUCUCCGAUAUUUUCAAGUUGGGUCAGGAAAAUGUAGAGCUCAUCCUUAUAUAUAAUACGUGAAGGCGAUUUCUACAAAACACUACUCCUCCGUUAAUAAUGGACGGAUUUUUACAAACGACGUGUCAAAAUAAAGUAUUUUUUAUGUAGACGCCCCCUUUCACCAAUUCCUGUAAUAAAAAUCCUCGGGCUUUGCCCCACAGGCCAUCAAAGUUGGAGUUUCUCCCAUAAGAUUAACAUGGGGGAAUCUAAAUAUUUAAUUGGAAACUUUGUCCCCACUAAUUUGAGAGAACGGCUGGGCGUAGAAACUUGGUAGAGGUGCCCAAAGAAAGGUCUUGGUCUCUAGAUGAGUUAUCAAAAGAAAAACGAAGCAAAAUCCCUUAGGACUCUGCCCCAGAAGCCUUUAAAGAUCCCUCCACAGAGUUGUUUACAUUUUGGCCAUGAAUAAUACUUUUUAAUGAAACAGCUGUUCAUUUUUAAAUUGUAUUUCAAACAACACACAUAUUGGGAGUUACUGAAUUCUACCAAAUCAGUAUUUGCAAUGUUAUUUUCUGAUUUUAAAAUAGAUUUUCUUCUUUAUCAUGUCAUGUUUUGAAAUAUAACGUUCCGUUACGAAAUCAGUGGAAAAUCCUUUUAUCACAGCAAUUCUCAAAUUAUUCCUUAUUGAACUAUCUUAUAUCUAUUGUACGGGUUGGUGUCUGCCUUUUUCACCACCUACUUUUAUCAUAUUAUUCUACACAUAUCAAAUAUCUAUGUAGAAAUAUCUGCUCUUAUCGUGUCUAAUAAAAUCCAAACAUAGAAACCUUGCCAAAAAUGGUAUAAAUCUUGACAAAUUAUUUGCACCUGCCUAUAUUACGAACUUCGGCCUACUGGGUUGGUAACAUUAUUGAAAAUAACACGGCAUUUUGGUUGUAAAAUAUGGUACAAAGAGAAAAUACUAUUUAAGCAGCUACUGUAAUGACAGAAAGGUCAUAUUCCUUUUAAACUAGAUCAAAUAAUCCUUUAUAAGUAACGUUGAUUAACAAUAUGUAAACUUCAUUAUUUACGUAACAGUCAAUUUACAGUAUUUUUGCUUUAUGGAAAUGUCCCAUUGCUAUGUAAUUUGCAUUAUUUGUUGCCAAUGAAGCCGGAAGACCAUAUUAACUAGGAGGCCUCUAACAGUUCAAUAAUAAAAGCCAACUUCAAUUCAAGUGUUCCACUAUACCUAACACUUAACAUUCCGUAGAGAGAUUAUAUUGACAACUUUAUGUUAUUGAUAAGGCUGAGGCAACUAACUGACAUCCCUCAUGUCAAGGAAUUCCAGCUUUAACAGUAACCCCACAAUCAAUUUCUCAAAACUAUGCUAGAGGGUUCAUUCAUUGGCACAGAAGUACGAUAUAAACUGACGCGAAGGAAAAAUCAAACUUACACUGUAACGGAUAUAUACCUCUCUUUGAAGUUAAAAUAUGUCUUCCCAAAAAAUAUUUUCUUUUGAAAUAAAAUCAUAUUACACUGAUAAAAUCACGGAAGUGUUUAACUACAAAAGAUCCGCCAAUACGAUUUUAAUACUAUUUAAAGGUUCUUCUAAAGGAAGAGAUGCCAUAUAACAUACUAAUAAUAACUCUGAUGACGUACGGUAUGUGUAAUAUUCUAUUCAUUGAAUGAUCAACCAAAUUUGGCAACUAACGCAAUUAAUAUCAUUAUUGUUUUUACACUUAUUACUCUUUAAACAAUGCUAAAUGCUCAAAAUAUGUAUAUUUCACCCAAUUUAUUGCAGUUAGAUGAAUUAACGUAACCCUUGAAAGUAACCGUCGAUUUUGACGGGUUUCGCCUAGUAACAUUAAAUAAAGGAACCCCAAAUAAGUCUAUUCUACGUGACAGUCAAUAGUUGGCCCCAGAGAUAAGUUUUGGUCGAAAAAAUGUUUGGGUAGCCUAGAUUUAUGCCAGGCAAGUUAUAUUAGAGGUAUGCAAGCGGCUUGACUUUUGAGCUAAGCUUUUGGUGAUCACAGAAAGCGUCUGCAAUGAUAUGCAAUUGAAAAUUGACGAUUUUGCUGCAAUUGUGGUAAUGCUUAUGAUUUUGUUGCAAUAGCGAAAGACUAUGAUGAUGACACUGCAACCACAGAAGUUGUUUACAAGAGAUGUUCACAAUAAUUGCACCUUGACUGAAAAAGAUGUUGAAAAUUUUGCUGUGAUUACAGGAGAUGUUCCUAAUACCAUCACAUUAGCGGGAGAUAAUUUUGUAUACUAAUUGUUUUUUUCUAAAGCAACCCAUUUUUAACCUGGCCCAAAGUAAACAAAUCUGGCCCGCAGGCCCCUACUUUCACAAGUAUUGACAUAUUUUAUGCCUGUUUGCCAUCAUAAUAUGUAUUAUCUCAUUUGAUGUACUUUUUAGUAUUAAAAUAAUUUGUUUGGCCUAUAUACUAAAACAUUGACAGGUAUUUUAGAAAGUGCUUGCUCAUGUAACCAAUAACAGUGUCAAUUCAUUGCUUAAAAUUAAGUUAGAAAAGUCAAAUAGUACUUGAGCUAGUCUCAUACUGUAGUUUUAGCAGAUGAAAUCAAGUACAAUUAUGUCUAAUCUGAAUUGUAACAUAGCUACUGUUAGCUAUCUUUUCCAUAAUAUAAUCUAUAUGUUUAAAUAAAACUUGCAUAAUUUUCAAUUGAUAAAAAAAUUCAUAAUUCUUGAGCAAAAUCUAGUAAAAGUUAAACUACAUACAAACGUUUUCCUAGCUGCAUCCAAAGAUAUAUUUACCUUCUCAUUAUUUAACUAGGGAUGGGCCGAUUCCUAUUCUCGAUCCUCGAUACUUCUCUUGAUUGUACUCGAUACCGAUUCCGAAAAAGGGGUUAGUUAUAGUGAUGGUCAGAUCCGGAUAUCGGACUACUGAAUCAAUGAGAUCUGAACUAGAACCUACGCCCAAUCAGAUCCACAAUAAAUUGGAUCUUAGGCUGGAUUCGGUUUUGAUGGAUCCGAUUUGGUUUCAUCAAACAAAAGAACUUUAUAUGGAGGAUCCCGAUUAUAAGGCAUAUACUGUGACAUUGCCAAGCCAUAUAAGUUAUUGACAUAAAAUAAACAUAUAUUGUGACAUUGUGACAACAUAUAUAUGACAAUGUUUGAAUUAAUAUGACUAUCCGUAUCCAUAUACGUUACGUGAUGUUGACAUAUAGGCCUACUGUGACAUUGCCUAGCCAUAUAAUCUAUUGACAUCAACAUAUAUUUUGCAAGAAGCACACAUCUAUGUGUUAUUAAGUGAAUUUAUAAUAGGUAUCGGUAUAGAGUGUGGAAUCGAGAAUCGAAACCAAAGUUCUGUAAUCGUUAUCGUAAUCCUAUCCUGGAAUCGGCCCAUUACUAUAUUUAACUAUACUUUUGGCAAAAACAUUGUUAAUAUAGAGAUCUCAAAAGGAAAAUCAAUCCUAAUCUCUGUGAUCCUUAAUAUUCUUUUAAGCGCUCUUGUUCCUUAAAGUUUGAAAUAUAAAAAGUAUUUUUGUUCUUGCCUUUGUCAAUUUUUAUGAUGUUGUUAAAGCAAUGCAAAGAUGUCAUCAAAAUUGCCCUGAUCAAAAACCAACCUUACACAUUAAAAGACAAGCUACUUAUAGAAAUUACACAGAAAGAUAUUUGUUAUCUGUUUUUGACAUUUACAGUAAUUUCAACAUUUAAGUCUUAUAAUAUAAGCCUUUUGUUUGAAACAAAAUUGUUCCCAUAUAAGUUAAGGGCUUGGAUCAUCCAAUUCCAAGAAAUGUGAAAAAUGUCAAUGGGAUUGAAAACACGUAACGUAAAUAUAUUGUAUGGUCUUCUUUUCAGUGAAUUUGAAUCCAUAGGCGAAACAACAAAAAUUUUUCUAAUAAUGGUACAUUUUUUAACAUAAACAUUCCUUUAACAUACUAAUUCAAAAACUUCUUUAAUUCCCUAGAAUUAGCCCAUACAGGGUCCUCAAAAAGAAUGGGAACAACAUUUAAUUUUUAAAAAUUUUCGUACAUAAUGUAACAAAUCUUUGCCCAUUAGUACCAUUUCUAAGUACCCCUGCCACAGCAAACCUGCAGACUAAGCGAAUUUCCAUUUGCCUGAUUUGAUUUUCACUGAAAUCUAUUGUAAUAACCUAGGGUUCUAAUGAAAACCUAGGUUUGCUGCUACUGGGAGGGUAAUAGUGUCUUUGAUUUUCACUUAAAUCUAUUUUAAUAACAUAAGUUCUAAUGAGAACCUAGGUUUGCUGGUACUGGGAGGGUAAUAGUGUUUGUUUUUUAUUAAAAUAUUAAUAGCUUAGUAUAAAAUAAAUUAAUUUUCCAAGUUUAAUAAAAAUAUAUCCAUAAACAAGCAAACUAUAAGAAUUUACUUAUUUUCCAGAAGAAUAGCAUAGAAAUUUUAAAUUUACAAUUUUAAAAUUUUUCCAUAACUAAUAAUUUUGUGCAAAAACACUUCAAUAUAUUAAAUUUUUCUUUUUUAAGUUCUACAAAAUGGUUUGGAAAUAAAUUGCUAGAUUUUGCGUUUUUAGGGUCGCAAUGAGUAAAACCAAUUUUUACUACAUAAAAACCCCCUUCCCUUAGUCCGAUCAUGCUUGUUCGCAAACUAACUUGUUAGAAUAAACGUACACUUACACAUUUGUACCAAAUUUCAUCAAAAUCGGAUAAUUUAUGCUCGAGUUAUCGUGCCAAUGGACACACACACACAUAUAUAAUUAAAGUCCACGCAUAGCCAUCCAAUCUUUUACGGUUUUAAUUGGUGAAUUGAAAAUUGCAAAGCAUUCAUUUUGAACCCUGGGUAAAACAUUUUUAAAAGGUUUGCUUUCUUUAACAUCCUCUAAUGAUUGCAUUCUGUUACUGAAAACGUCAGUUGCAUAUUCCACAGUUGUUUAUAUAUGUACACAAUUCAACUGUUGCUGUUGCUAGCAGCAGCAAUGUUGCAAGUUGCUGUUGCAUUGUUUGUUACUCCAUUUGUGAUGAGAGUGCCUAACAGCCUACUGAUGGCACUCUAGGAUUACUUGAAUAAACAUGUUUGUACUUGUAUA